UUCUUCUUCUUCAUCUACCAGUGUGUGGACCUGGAAGUCUCCCUUGCUGUUGUACAGGACUGUGUCAGGUCCGCACAGAAGAAGAAGAAGGUUUCCCCGGCAUCAGGAGGGUCGCUAUGAACAACGAAGCCAGUAGAGGUGGUGGUGACGAAGCUGUGAACUUGCUGGAUGACAUCCUGUGCCUGUCUGGAGAGGCUCCUGCUGAUGACGAUCUCUUCAUGGACAACAAGGACAGAGCCGAGGGCGCCAAGAAAGGUAUGACAGGCAGGUCUGGAAGACAGAAGCACAGAAAAGUAGGGGCAACUACGAGAGCCCAGAGGUCCAACACUGCCGCAGACAAGUCUCCUCGCAAAAAACAGGAGGCAACAGGGGACGACAAAGCCGGGGAAGUGCCCGGGAAGACAGUCGUAGGCACCAGCCCAGCUAACAAAGAUGUCCGAGAGACACUCACAGGUAGUGAGAGGAGGAAGGGUCCUGGUCGAGGGAGGAAAGCUCGAGAGAGUAAGAAAGGUGUAGAGAUGAGUCAGGAGACUGACAAGGACAAGAGACAAGAUGUGGAGAAACAGGACAGAGAAGCAGCCAGGGGCAAGCAGAAGGACAAAGAUGUCAGUAAGCAGCUUCUGGACAGGACCUUAUCAGAAGGUGGUGCUCUGGACACCAAGGAAGACAUUGCCAUGGAACUGGGAGAGGAGGGAACAACUGAUACAGAGGACAAGCCUCUCAAGAAACAUGGGGACAGCAGGAAGAUGGCAGAGCAUAGCAAAACUUCCAAGGAAGAUAAAGAACAGAUCCUUGAAAUGUUGUCCAUGUCGAAGAGUGAAGCCUUUACUCGUGAAGAUGACCCACUUAGCCUGGAGAAUCUAGAGGAGAAAGCUAUGGAGGUGAGCGAGGAUGCCCCCGGGGUGGUGGAGCCUCCCCCCGCGGACACGGAGCCCGUCUCCAGUCAGGAGAUGGAGUUUGACACCCGCAGCGAGGCCAGCACCUCAUCCUCCCACUCCCACAGCUUCAGUAGUGGCAGUCACAGUCUGAGCAGGAGUCCCAGUCCCAGUGGGAUGGACUCUCGCUCCCCCAGCAGGAGUCUCAGUCCUGUCUCACAGCACUCUGACUCAGCAGCAGAAGGGACAGAAAGUAAGAAGCCUUCACGCGAUGAUCGAAGGAAGCGCAAGAGGAAAAUCUCGCCAAUCGUUUUCGACAGAGGGAACACUUCGGACUCUGAAAAUGAAGCAGCAUCCAGAUCCAAACGAACAAGAGUCCCCUCAUCAAGUGUAAAAGCAGUGAAGAAAGAUCAGUCGUCCAAACUUCGCUACUUGUUCCGUGAUGCCAGGUUCUUCCUAGUCAAGAGUAACAACCAUGAGAAUGUGGCGCUAGCAAAAGCAAAGGGUGUGUGGUCCACUCCUCCCAACAAUGAGAUGAGACUCAACCAGGCCUUCAAGGACUCCCGCAACAUCAUUCUGGUGUUUUCUGUCAAGGAGAGUGGCAAAUUCCAAGGUUUUGCCCGGAUGUCCAGUGAGUCCCGGCGGGAUGUGAAGCCUGUCCAGUGGGUACUGCCUCCAGGCCUGAGUGCCAAGGCUCUGGGAGGGGUCAUCAAACUGGACUGGAUCAACAGACAUGAACUGCCCUUCACCAAGACCACACAUCUCUUCAACGCAUGGAAUGAGAACAAGCCAAUCAAGAUAGGCAGAGAUGGUCAGGAGUUGGAGCCCAACUGUGCCGCGGCCCUGUGUCAGAUGUUCCCGCCGGAUGAACACGUGGACUUGUCAGCGAUAUGUCGCCGCAGCAGAAGACAGUACUAUGGAGAAAAGAAACGCCACGAUGCGCCACGUAGCGAAGAACGUGUUCGGAGACCCGACGGUGCUUCCUCGAGAAGAUGGAGAUACAUGGAGUAUGAAGAAGCAAGAAGAAAGCGCUUCCGCAGAGAAUAUUAUGGCCCAGGGUACAAGGAUCACCGUGGUAGGCCAGAAGACAGGCCUCGGUUUCAUGGUAUGCGGCGGGAGGCCAUGCUGAAUGGGUCCUACCCAGACUACAUGCAUGAGAUGUACCCACCUUCCAGACCACCCCCCAUGGCAAUGCCACCCUACCCUGGCCCUCCCCCACACCAGCACCCAAUAGAUCCCCAGUUCGGAGGCUAUCCUCACGCCACCCUCCACCACGACAGACGUGUUCAGGACUAUGCAGGGCCACAUAGAGAAGACAGAGGCUACAAAGAGAAGAGAAUGUAUGACUCCCACUCCCAUGCUGUUGCCUGCGAUGAGUUUCUCCGUCGAACAUCGCGCAGCAGCCGUAGUCGCAGCCAGCGUUUCUAACAGAUUGUCCUGAAGAUUCUACUGGAACAAUCAAGGAUUUUACUGUAGUCCAAUCAAGAACAUAACUAGUAGCCUUACAGCUGAGUAACAAUAAGUACUAUGUAGGGAACAAAACUAUAGUCAUAGUAAGGAUGAGUUGUAGUCAUUUAGGCAAGGAUAGCAAAGCAUGUUUUCAUACCCGUAAUACUUGCUGUUUUGUUAUGGUGCGGAAUUAUGUUCAUGAAUGUUGUAAAUGAGAUAUUGUGUUCCAAGUACACCACCAAAGGUCUAGAUGCUGUUAUCUUAAAGAAGAGGCAAAGUUGAACUGUAAUUUCCAACAUAGGUGUACCACAGAAAGCCUAGGUCACCCUAAACCUUCUGGAACUUAUAAUCCACUGCUCACAGUCAUGUGUUCUAUUUACAUAACAUGAUGUCACAGAACCAGUUUUUGCUCAUUACUUGGUCAAGACUGGAGUUGAGCAGUACAAGUCGGAGGCACAUCCUAGUGUUGUGUUGGGAAUUACAGACCAACUUAGUUUCAGAAUAUUGCUAACAAUGCAGAUGAAGUAUCAAUUAUAGCUAUUGAAAUAUCUAUGUGCCAUGCCACGCUAGCAGUGCAGCCAGGAAAAAAUCAUGGUUUGAAUUCACUGAACAUGAGUUUAGAAAGAAUUUUAGUGCCUGUAGUCACUCAAAGCUGGUCUUUCUUAACACCAGGCAUGUUUCUUCAAAACUAAACCUUCUGUCCAGAACUGUGAAUAACACAUGUAUAUGUACAAGUAGUUUGUGACAUUUUAUGUACUUUGUAAUGACAUAUUUCUGAACAUUCAGUCGAGUUGACUUAUGUAUACUGAACAAUGUGUAAUACUAGAUUGGCCAGUUGUUGUGUCUUUGUCAAGAAAACCAUCAUGCAGCUACAAGUGUAAUUAGCACCAUUUUUGUUGAACUGAUUUUUUAAAAAUAAUGGUGAGAGAACUAUUACUUUAAGUUGACUCUCUGGCCAUGGUUAAGUCUUAGUCGAAAAUUGUCUUGAUUUUCAAGAAGGGUUUUCAGCUAGUGCUGCAUACCAAAACUUGUUCAGGUCCAGAAUUACAAGUCCUGACCUGCACUGGGCCUACAACCCCAGUUCCGAUCUGGUAUACAGGUACACAGCACUAUUUCCAUCUGCAGUAAUUUAUAAUAUUAUACCUGUGAUGUUAGCUGUGUGAGAACUGAGAAGGAUCACACAUUUCAUGUAUCCAUUGACUGAAUUCAAGAACUUGACAUGUAUGUACCAUACAACUAUGUACCAUACAAAUACAUGCACAGCUUUGUUGGUUUAUCUAUUGUUUGGACACAGAACAGAGAUUGUAGGAUGAUGUUACAUUUUUUCACUUUUUUCUUACACUAAAUGUGAUGAAAUAUUUUGUGUUAGAAAAUAACUUAGAUUUAGUCACAGUCCUCAUCUGUUGGCACAAUAUAGAUUCUAGUAUACUCUUUGUUUUCUUGAUUAAAGUACGCACUUUGAAAACUUUUUAUAAAUGCCAAACUGUUGCCAAAGUCAGAGUACAUACUUUGUUUGAGGUUAUUGCCUGGAUUAAUGGGAAAAGGACCUCAUAUAGACCGAAGUUGUGCUUCAGUUAUAGAAAGGAUAUGAAAUACAUUUUUUUGUUGUACAACAUUCUGCUAUUCUGAACAAUUUCGUUACUUACAGUUUGUGUUUCACAAGUUUGAAUGGAACAAUGCCAUCAUGUAUAGAAACCAUUUUGACAUUUUAAAGCAAGGACAUUGUAAAAAACUUGAUUUUUGCAGAAGUUCUUCAGGGAAGAGAGAAGAAAGUUAAUAUUGCAUUUACCUGGUUUCAAAUGUGUUCAACAUUGAGGCUGCAUACUUUUUAGUUUUUCCAUAAAUUUUCAGAUUUGUCUCUGACUUGCCCAAGUCUGGGGUGCGUAUUUGAUUACGAGUGCGUACUUAAGUCUAGAAAAUACUGUAGUAUUGAAGCCAAGUGCUUAAAGCAGGUUGACACAUGCCCUAUGAAGAGUCAUUUUAUAUUUCUGUUUAUCUAGUUGUGUACUACCCUUGGAUAUUGUUAUCUAUGGGGAUAAAAUUUUGCUACGUACACUGUGUAUACUUCAGAUGAGACAUGUUAAAAUGUCUACAAAACAUUCCGAAAGGCUUGGAAUGUUGGGAGGUUUGUGUGGUCCAUUGUACCAGCUACAUGUACAUUGUACCAUUUUAAAUGUACAUUAUUUCUUUAGUGGCUCCAUGGAAAUUUGCUGAUGUUAUUUUCCCCAGAAGUAUUAAAACGCACUGUUAAACUG